AGAAAAGGGGUAAAACUUAUUUGUGUUCGUUUUAGUGAAUAUAUAUUGCUUUCUUUAAUCAUUUCUGGUUUGGUUUGAUUUUAUUGUAAUUUGUAAAAAAGCAAACUGAAAUUGAAUUGCUAUAUUGUUCAAUGUUCAUAUUCUAUCACUUUUUCUGUUGCACGUGUAGUGAUUCAUAGGUGCCUAACAUAAUGUCAUGGUCAAGAAUUUCUAGCAGAAUUUCUCUCUUGAAUCGCUUGAAGAAUCAACAAAUUUUGUUGCAUGAAUCAAGGUUUCUUCCUGAUUCUAUAUAUCAUUGUUACACAUUCUUUAAAGCUUCUUCUGGGCGUGGCAACAAUAGUCUGAUUCCAAGAUGUGAAUUUAGCACAAGGCCUCUAACAAAGUCUUAUGAUUUCUGUCCUUAUGGUUCUCGAUGUUUACCAAGAAUACCUGCCUUUAGCAGUCGGCGACACUAUGCUUCUCAUGCAUCCGUUGCUUCCACUGAGAAAAAAUCCAAAAAGACUCUUAUUUAUCUUACAGCAUUAGUUUUUGCCAUGGUGGGAAGUAGUUACGCUGCUGUUCCAUUAUACCGUAGAUUCUGUCAGGCUACUGGGUAUGGUGGUACAGUCCAACGCCGUGAGAGUGUCGAAGAAAAGAUUGCUCGGCACGAAAAAGAUGGGACAGUAGCAAUAAGGGAGAUAGUAGUCCAGUUCAAUGCUGAUGUGGCAGAUGGAAUGCCCUGGAAAUUUAUUCCUACACAACGAGAGGUGAGAGUCAAGCCAGGAGAAAGUGCCCUUGCUUUUUAUACUGCUGAAAACCGAAGUUCGAAACCCAUAACUGGCGUUUCUACAUAUAAUGUCACCCCUAUGAAGGCUGCAGUUUAUUUCAAUAAAAUACAGUGUUUUUGCUUUGAGGAGCAGCGUCUUCUUCCUGGAGAGCAGAUUGACAUGCCUGUUUUCUUCUACAUAGAUCCCGAGUUUGAAACAGAUGCCAGAAUGGAUGGUAUAAACAACAUUAUCUUAUCCUAUACUUUCUUCAAGAUUUCUGAAAAAUAAAAGGGGAAAAUUGAAAUUCAUUGGUGAAAAUAGAAUAUCAUUCACAUGAGAACAAAAGUGUUGGGGUUCAGGGAACCAAACAAAAAUUUAAGAUACCAUUUUCAUCUGCAACAACAACUAGGAAAUUUUUUUUUUUUUUUGCUGAAUACAGAGAGAAAAGAGGAUAAGCAAAUUAUUUU